GACGCACCUUGUCUGUAUUUGUCACACGCCGAUAAAGCGACCGGAAGCGUAAAAUUGUUCCUUUUUCAAGAUGUCGGUGUAUGGCCCCGUGGUGAAAAUUCACCCUGUCGUUCUCGCCUCCAUCGGCGAUUCUUACGAACGGAGAAAUGAGGGAGCGAGUCGUGUGAUCGGAACCUUGCUUGGUACCAUUGACAAGCACUCUGUGGAGGUCACCAACUGUUUCUCCGUCCCCCACAAUGAGUCUGAAGAUGAGGUUGCUGUGGACAUGGAGUUUGCCAAGAACAUGUACGAUCUUCAUAAGAGGGUGUCACCCAGCGAGGUCAUUGUUGGAUGGUAUGCCACAGGCUUUGAGAUCACUGAGCACUCUGUGUUGAUCCAUGAGUACUACAGCCGAGAGGCCACGAACCCCAUUCACCUCACCAUGGACACCGCCCUGCAGAGUGGCAAGAUGAACAUCCGUGCCUACGUCAGUGCCCAGAUGGGUGUGCCGGGAAAGACUGUCGGUGUGAUGUUCACUCCCCUGAGUGUGAAAUACAAGUAUUACGACACAGAGAGGAUAGGAGUUGACCUUCUCCAGAGGACGAGAGAUGCUCCUAACACCACCAAUGGGCUGACCUCUGACCUCUGCCAGGUGGGCGGGGCAGCAGGCCGCGUUCAGGACAUGCUGGCCACGGUACUGACCUACAUUGAGGAUGUGUUGUCUGGUAAGCAGAUGGCAGAUAACAGUGUUGGACGGUACCUGAUGGAUCUGGUCAACAAGGUUCCUAAGAUCACAGCAGAGGACUUUGAGACCAUGCUCAACUCCAACAUCAACGACCUGUUGAUGGUGACCUAUCUAUCUAAUCUGACUCAAGCACAGAUCGCCCUGAAUGAGAAGAUUGUGGUACUCUGAACAUUGAGGGAUCAGGAUUGUUUAGUUCUUAAUAAAGAGUGAUGGAUAAAAAUUGUUGGUAUAGCUCAAAUUAAUAAAGGUGAUAUACAGUACAGUGUGUA